AUGUACCUUAAGCACACGGACGGUCACUUCAAUUUAUUGUGCGCCGAGUCAAACCACGAGGCUGGCGGCGGCACAAGCCGUGCAGCCGGCGGCGCUGCCCGCCCGGAGCGCCAACUCCGCGAUCCUAACUGUUGCUGCCCCCUCCCGCAUCCCCGCGGCGGGCACCGGCCCAGCGCGGCAGCGACACCCCAAACACGCCCGCGGGACGGGCUGGGAUGCAGGCGUUCCACGGCACGCAUCCGAACCGUGCCCCAAACCUCCCCGCGGAGGCUUGCAGCGGCGCCGGGAAGAGCGCUGCCACGCACCGCGCUGCCCGCCCUGCCUCGGGGACACCGCGGGAGCAGCUCCUUUGUCUCUCCCGCAGCCCCGGCCGCCUUCUCCCGGCGGCACAAGGCGCCGCUGCCCUGCCGGCCCCCGGACGGCCCGGCCGUGCCGCCGCUCGCCCGCUGUGCCCUGCCGCGGCCGCACCGGGCGCGGGCGGUGCGCGGCCAGCGGGCGGCCGGACGCGGCCGGGAUGCCGGCGGGGCCCCGGGAGGACCCGCGGGAAGGGGGAGAAGCUGCAGCCGGUGCCCGGAGCACCGCCCCGCAGCCCCGCACCGGGGGCAGGGAGCCGCCCUGCCCCUCCAUCGCCCCCGGGCACCGGCCCUGCCCCCGGCAACUCCGCCGCCCCCUCCCGGCCUCCCUCCCCCCGCCCUUCACCCACCGCCGCCCCGGCGAGUCACGGCGGCUCCGGCCGCGCGCCGUCGGCUGCCCCAGGGUGGGGCACGGCACCCGCAGUCCGGGGGGGUCGCUCAGUCGGCCGCGAGUUGCCCGACGGCCGCGACCGCUCCGUCGGGAUGCGCCAGCCCCGCGCGGGAAAAAAAGUUGUCCCCGCGGGAGCGGCCGGGAAUCGAACUCGAACUCACCCUCCCGCCCGGCGGCUCCGCCGCGGCCGCGACUCAAACUCACCCUCCCGCCGGGAGCGGCAGCGGCGGGCGGACACCGCCCGGCCCCGCCGCUGCCUGGCGGCGGCCGCAGCCAACCGCAGCGCGCAGCGCGGUCACGCCAGCCAAUAGCGCGGCGGAGCGGGCCGUGCGCGCGGCCCGCGCCCCGGUGGGCGGGGCCGGCCCGCUCCGAGGGCGAGCGGCGGCGGGGCCGGGCGGGAGCGGUGGGCGCUGUGAGGGCGCCCCGGGGGCGGGCACGGAAGGCGGGCAAGACAUCGGCUCCGCGCUGCGGCUGGGCCAGGCAGGGUCCGGAGCUCGGGCAGGGUCGUGCCCCACGGGGAGAUGCGCCCUCCGGGGCAGCUCCCGAAACUGCCCUGCCAGCGCGGAUGGCAGCGGGCAUUCGGAACAAAACGGGCGGCAGCGACUAGGAUGGGUUCGGGAGGGCAACAGCAGAGCUGCUGAGGCAGCGCGGCCGUGCCCCGCUGGGGCGGCGCCGGGGCCGGAGCAGGCGCUGAGCAGCGGGGGCGAUGCCGGGGCCGUGCGGGGCUGCCUCGCCACUUCCUCCGCCGGCGAGUGCAGAGCUUCCAGCCCACGUGAGACCGGGACACACGUCGCCAAGGCGAGACGGGAUCCCUGCAGCCGGAGCUUCCUUCCCUUCCUUCCCUUCCUCACACGCACGGGCCAGAGGAAGCCCCUCCGCCCCUUGAGCAGGGCAGCCCCGUGCUGCUGGGCAGGCGGGGCACAGCAGGGUGUCCAGCAGCGCGGUCACACCCGCGGCUCCGGGCGCGCCCGUCACGGACCGGACCCGCAGCUCCCGGGAACGGGCCCGGGACCGGCCCCGGCCCCGGCCACGCCCCCCGCCCCCAUGGCCCCGCCCCUCGAGCCCAGCCCCAAACAGAGGCGUGUCCUCCGGAAAGCCACGCCCCCGGAGGGCCGCGCCCCUCAGGCUGCCGCGCACGCGCCCUGCACGUGA